GACCGGUGAUUGGUCGAACCCGCGGAGGCUCGAAUUCUGAUUGGUCGGUGUUUUUUCUGACGUGUCAGAUGCGACGGAAGAGAGGGGCACGUGACGUCAGUCAUCAACAACAACAGUCAACAGCUGACAAGUUCGAUAAGAGGAGAGUUUAAAAGCGUUUUUAAAAUGAACAUGGUCUCAUAAUUCUGCGGCUUUUUGUCCGAUACGUUAACCGGAGGGUUUGAGGCGAGCUCUGGGCCGGAGUUUUUUUUUUUUUUUUUUUUGACAAUGAGCGUUAAUAGGGACCCAAACUCAGACUGUGACUACACUGAAGGCGACGAGACUACACCUCUGUUUGGAAAUGGAGCAGUGCAAACCAGAGCCAGGGGAGCCUCCUUUGCCUCAUCAGUUUUUAACCUGAUGAAUGCAAUCAUGGGCAGCGGCAUACUGGGUCUGGCUUAUGCUAUGGCUGGAACUGGGAUUAUUGGUUUCUGCAUCCUGUUGAUACUGGUCUCCAGUCUGGCGUCGUACUCCAUACAUCUCCUUCUGAAGCUGUGCGACCAAACAGGUAUCAAUUCAUAUGAAGACCUUGGAGGGAAAGCCUUGCAAAAACCAGGAAAAGUUCUGGUUGGAAUCGCUAUUCUUAUUCAAAAUAUUGGCGCCAUGUCAUCCUAUUUGUUCAUCUUGAAGUCAGAGCUUCCUGCAACCAUCAGCAGCUUCUUGAGCCAAGACAACACAGGAAAUGCCUGGUAUGAAGAUGGCAGGUUGCUUCUGAUCAUCGUUGCACUUGCUGUUGUCCUACCUCUGUCGAUGUUGCCUAAAAUAGGCUUCCUCGGUUACACCAGCAGCAUCGCAUUCUUCUUCAUGCUGUACUUUGCUGUUGUGGUCGUCAUCAAGAAGUGGUCCAUCCCCUGCCCGCUGCCUCACAAUGUGACUACCCUGUCAGGUGACUUCCAGAUAUCAAAUUCCUCUGACUCAGAAUGCACACCCAAACUCUUCGUCAUCUCCAGUAAGAGUGCCUACGCCAUCCCCACAAUGGCUUUCUCCUUCCUCUGCCACACGGCUAUCCUGCCAAUCUACUGCGAGCUGGACCGACCCACCAAAGUCAGGAUGCAGAACGUUGCAAACAUCAGUAUUGGCCUCAGCUUCCUGAUGUACCUAAUUUCUGCACUGUUUGGCUACCUCACCUUCUACGCUCACGUGAACUCUGAGCUGCUGCUCGGUUAUGAUGCCUACAUGCCACGGGACAUACUGGUGAUGACGGUGCGGCUGGCCAUCCUCCUCUCUGUGUUGCUGACCGUACCACUCAUACACUUCCCUGCUCGUAAAGCCGUGAUACUGCUGCUGUUUGGUGAUCGUCCCUUCUCCUGGCUGAUCCACAUCGUGUCGACUCUAAUCAUCCUGAGCAUGGUGCUGCUUCUGGCCAUCUUCGUGCCUGAUAUUAGAAAUGUGUUUGGCGUAGUAGGAUCAACAACGUCCAGCUGUUUGUUGUUUGUUUUCCCGGGCAUCUUCUACCUCAAGAUCAGCAGCCAGCCGCUCAGAUCCUGUGACUCCAUCGGGGCUGUCGUUCUUGUGGUCCUCGGCUUGAUUAUGGGCAUCAUCAGUUUGUCUGUCAUUAUCAUCACAUGGGUGCAGAGCUCCUAGCGCAUUAUAGACCCAAAUCAAGGGCAAAAGAAGGGAAAAAUACACCAAAGAAACUGAAUGCUGCACAAAUAAAGGGAACAGAUGAAAGCUGACUAGCCACAGGUAUAUUCAGAUACUCAGGUAUAUUAUUUAUGGUAAAGGUAUUCUUAACACUACGUUAGUGUUUUUCUGUACUUUCUUACUAAUCCAUUCCAAACUAGGUUCAUCUUCUACAUGCUGAUCUUCAGACUGUGCCAAAUUUUUAACCUGUCUGGAACAGCAGAUGUCUGAGGUUUAUUUUAUCAGAACAUUAUGAGAACGUGCAAAUCACCUUAUUUUUUAUGUGCUUGGUUUUUAACUUGUCAUAUAAUAUAUAUCUCAUAUUGUUGGGCCAAGUGUAAAAGAUCAGCUCUGUGUAUCUAAAAAUGUUAUUUUUGAUGAAGUCUGAGCUCACACACAAUAAAUGAUGCCAAGUUUUUUUUUUUUUUUUUUUUUUUGUACUGUUUUUGAAAUAGUUUUUAUCCUUUAAUCUUUAUUAGUUCGCCACUCACCAGCCAAACUUGGGGUAUGAUUGUUUCUCCUUUCCAAAUCGCUGGCGUUUAAUAAAAAAAAAUUUCAUGUAACGACAUGUCGGCCU